AUUUGAGAUCUGGCCUCAGCCCUGACAUUACUUCUUUCUCUACAAGGAGUGUUAGGAGGUAUGGGGAGCUCACAAAGGCUCCUCUUCAUUUAUUCUUAAGACCUUGCUUCUGAGUUCCUUGGGAAUGCCACUGGGCUUAUGCCUCUGGUCUCUGGGAGCUGCAGUGGAUGGGCAUUUGUGACAGCACCAUGGGACUGAGAAACAUCUUCGUGGUGAUGGCCUUCCUGCUCUCUGGUGCUGCUUCCUUGAAAAGUCAGGCAUAUUUCAACGAGACUGGAGACCUGCCAUGCCACUUUACAAACUCUCAAAACCUGAGCCUGGACGAGCUGGUGAUAUUUUGGCAGGACCAGGAUAAGCUGGUUCUCUAUGAGCUCUACAGAGGCCAAGAGAAGCCUCACAACGUUGAUCCCAGGUACAUGGGCCGCACAAGCUUUGACCUGGACAAUUGGACCCUGCGACUCCACAACGUUCAGAUCAAGGACAAGGGCUCGUAUCAAUGCUUCAUCCAUCAUAAAGGGCCCACAGGACUGGUUCCCAUCUACCAUAUGAGUUCUGACCUGUCAGUGCUUGCUAACUUCAGUCAACCAGAAAUAAGUCUAAUUUCUAAUCAAACAGAAAAUUCUAACAUCAUAAAUUUGAACUGCUCAUCUACACAAGGCUAUCCAGAACCUCAAAAGAUGUAUACUUUGCUAAAAACUAAGAAUUCAACCACCGAGUAUGAUGCUGUUAUGAAGAAAUCUCAAAAUAACAUCACAGAACUGUACAGUGUUUCUAUCAGCAUGUCUUUCUCCAUCCCUCCUGAAACAAAUGUGAGCAUCUUCUGUGUCCUGCAGCUUGAGCCAACGAAGACACUUUUCUCCCUACCUUACAAUAUAGAUGCAAAGCCACCUGUGCCACGUCCCCAUGUCCCAGACCACAUCGUCUGGAUUGCAGCUCUACUUGUUACAUUGGUCGUGGUGUGUGGGAUGGUGUUCUUUCUAACACUAAGGAAAAGGAAGAAGAAGCAGCCUGGCCCCUCUAAUGAAUGUGAAAUCAUCAGAGUGGAGGAGAGAGAGAGUGAACAGACUGAGAAAAGAGUAGAAUUCCACGAACCUGAGAGAUCUGAUGAAGCCCAGGGUGAUGUUAACAUUUCGAAGACAGCCGCAGGCAACAAAAAUGCUACACAUUUUUAAUUAAAGAGUAAAGCCCA